AUGGAAUUGUGCUCUGGGGGAAGACUUGUCGACCAGAUGUUUAGGGAGGGCCCUUGUUCUGAACAGCGGGCUGCUAAUAUACUUAAGGAAGUGAUGUUGGUCAUCAAGUAUUGUCAUGAUAUGGGAGUUGUGCACAGAGAUAUCAAGCCUGAGAAUAUUCUGUGUCAGAACUUGACGGGUUUGGCUGGGAGCCCUGCAUAUGUUGCACCAGAAGUGUUGUUGGGUAGAUACUCAGAAAAGGCGGAUAUAUGGAGUGCUGGAGUGCUCCUGCAUGCUCUGUUGGUUGGUGUUCUUCCAUUUAAAGGGGAUUCACAAGAAGCAGUUUUUGAGGCUAUUAAGAAUUCCAAGCUAGAGUUCCAAACCGGGAUGUGGGAAUCAAUAUCUAAACCUGCACGAGAUCUUGUUGGGAGAAUGCUGACAAGGGAUAUUUCAGCAAGGAUAACAGCUGAUGAAGUACUUAGACAUCCAUGGAUAUCUUUCUACACAGAACGUACAUUGAAGAUCCUGCCCGUUGAAUCAAAGUUGAAGCACCAAAAUGGAGCUGCUUGCCACAACUUUGUUGCUGCACCUGAACCUAGGUUAGGAAGAAACAGGAUGGAUGAUGGGUUCCUUAAUGAGGUUUCAAGCCUUUCUUCAUCAUCUGAAAGUUGCAAUUCAGAAUAUCAUGAUGUUUGUGUGUGGAUUGAUGCACUUGCCAAUGCAAUUUCACAUGUAAGGAUAUCUGAACCAAAGAAGAGCAAGUUGUGGGCAGUUCCAAUUCAUCAACAAGGUUUAUAUAACAUGAGGGCUAACCUCUGUAAAGCAUUUUGACCUACUGACAGGUUGACACCCCAUAAACCACUAUCUCUGCUGCUUUAGCUGGGGUUUUAUAGUAUACUUUGCCCAACACAUUCUACAGUUGGCAAAAGUGGAUUACAUUUUUUUCCUCUAAAUAAUGAUUACUGAGAAAACUCAGCUAGUUGUACAGAACCU